AUGUCGUUUCUUCUGUUUGCUGCCAAACGACGCCGUUUCUUCUUUCGCUGCCAAACGACGUCGUUUCUUCUCUUAGCCAAAACGACGUCGUUUCUUCCCGCCAAAACGACGCCUUUCGUCUCUCGUCAAAACGAUGCCGUUUCUUCUCUCGCCAAAAACGACGCCGUUUCUUCUCUCGCCAAAAACGACGCCGUUUCUUCUCUAGCCAAAAACGACGCCGUUUCUUCUCUCACCAAAAACGACGCCGUUUCUUCUCUCGCCAAAACGACACCGUUUUUCUCUUCGCAAAAACGACGCCGUUUUUCUCUUCGCAAAAACGACGCCGUUUUUCUCUUUCGCCAAAACGACGCCGUUUUAUUUCUUCGCAAAACCGACGCCGUUUUUCACUUUCGCCAAAACGACGCCGUUCUUCGCUCGUCAAAACGACGUAGUUUCUCCUCUCGCCAAACGACGCCGUUUCUUCUCUCGUCAAAACGACGUAGUUUCUUCUCUCGCAAAACGACGCCGUUUCUUCUCUCGCCAAAACGACGCCGUUACUUCUCUCACCAAAACGACGUAGUUUCUUCUCUUUUCAGUUUCAACAUAUCGUUCGGUGGUGAGUUUGGUCCUCAAAUAAGACAAGUGAAGUUAAAGAAACAGAGCGAACUCAGGAUUAAAGUGCAACGAACUUCGCAGCCACUCAGGCUCCGUUUACUCGAUGGCAAAGCUGAGAUCUUUGGCUAUGAGCUUCCACAUGAAGUUUGGCUCACAUUCCCUCCUCUCAUGAUAUUUGCGGUUUUCACAUGGUAUGGUGCAAUAAUAGAAAUCGAUGGCAUUGCAGAAACUAAAUGUACAUCAUGUGAGACACCUAUGAUGAGCUACCUUAGAGUGCACAACUCUCUACAAGUAGAAAGACAUCGUUCUACUUCCUCAACAAGAGAUUGUGUACCUUCACAGGGACCAAGGGUUAUCAUUGUAGGGGAUACAGACUCUGGGAAGACCACAUUGGCCAAGAUGCUUCUGAAUUGGGCAGCAAAAGAUGGUUGGAAACCAACAUAUGUUGACCUUAACAUUGGUCAAAGCUCAACAAUAACCAUACCGGGAACUGUUUCUGCUACUCCUGUCGAAAUGCCUGUGGAUCCUGUUGAAGGGUUUCCUCUUGAUAAGGCUAUUGUGCACUACUUUGGUCACACAUCACCAAGCAUCAACCUUAGACUGUAUCUGAAGAAAGAUCUAAAAUUCAAGAAGAAUCUACAAUUCUUGAAUCUUGAAAUGUCAGCUGGAGUCUUCACUAGGAGCUCUCACUUUCGCAAAACAUUGAGGAACUACAGCAUUCAGAAUUACUUUUAUGGAGUCACCAAUGAUCUCACCGUCUACACCAAAAUCUUAAAGUUCAGUGAUGUGCAUGUAUAUCGAAUAGGUGACUUUCCAGAGAGUGGUUCAUCAACAUCAGCUCAACGAAGAGGAAACAAUCCUUUGAAGAUCACACAUGUGACAAUUGACGAACAUCUUGUGAACAAAGUUCUUUCUAUCUCAUACGCCAAACAAGAUGAUCAGAUCAUCUCAAGCGUUGUUGCUGGAUUUGUGUGUAUCAAAAACGUUGAUAUUGGUGAAGAGAGAAUUACAUAUAUCUCUCCAUCAGCUGCGGAGUUGCCUAGUAAGAUACUGAUCUUGGGGACUUUGACAUGGCAUGUAACUUGA